UUUUCUUUUUGAAUGUGGCCAAAAAAGGUAAGUGAAUUGAAGCCCACUCCAGAAUGGAAAAACCUAUUUUUUUUGUUUCUCCGGGAUUUUUUUUCUCUUCUCUUUUUUUUUUUGACGUUUCCUUAUGGGCGUAGUAUGGCAUAAGAAACGUAAAAGGUUAAAACCAGUAUGUCAUAUUCUUACUAUUUCUCAAAUACGACAACUUGGAAAAAUACUCAAGUUACCUUCAUUAACGAAGUCUAUGGAAACCUUCAUGGAACCUGCAAACAUACUAUUAUACAACAAACCGAAACUAACUACAAUACAUCAAUAUCUUUUAGAUCAUGAUCUUACCAACAUCAAACAACCUUCGGCCAGAAUCAAACAGCAAGAUCAUGCUCGACUAUUGUUAGAUCUUAUAUACCCAGGCUACUCUUUUGGAAAAGCCAAGGAACAAGCGUGUCGUCAAGAUAGAGAAAAUCGACCAAUAUCUAAUAAAAAAGGAACUAUCUAUUUUGCCUAUGAUCAAUUACCUACGAAAGAAUCUUUUGAACGUUGGGAAGAAUUAAUUCGAUUGGAUACACAACCUUCUUUAUCAACAACUAUUGAAUCAUCAUCCAAUUAUCGUUACACCAUCGAUAUGCAAAAACUAGAGCGGCAUUUAUCAACAUCAAAGGAUCGAAAUCUUCGUUUUCAUCUAUAUCUUUGGAUGUCACCAAGAUACCCUGUUUUUCCUCAUUGUAUAUCUUUGAAAUUCAAUGAUAUUGAAUGUUGGACUGAAAAGGACAAGGAAAUCGUAACCAACAACUUCAAAUAUAUUGAUAUCACUGAUAAACUAGAUUGGAAUUCUCUCAAAGAUCAAGAAUCAAAAGAUAUCACAUUAUGCUUUACAUUGGAUGAUACUCUUGUUUCAUCUACUAUCAAACAUAUUACCAUAUGUAGUGUUUGGGAAAAGUCGAAUAUUGAUCUGACAUGUCAAUUAUACACCCAAAGUGCAUCUAAUUGUAUAUCCACCGCAUUAUCAACAAGCAAAAAUAUUCUUCAAGCUCAGCGUGAUGCCACCUAUUUAUUGGAUCAAUAUCGACCAUCAGCUCGUUGGCUUUUGGACAAUGUAGAAGCUUUAUUUCUAGAAAGUGGUCGCUUAUUCUUUGAAGAUACACAGCAUAUUGAUGAUAAUAAUUCUGAUGAUGAUGAUGAUGAUUUGGUGAUGGGCAACGAAUAUAUCUCACUGAUGGAUCCAAUUAUGCUAACGAAAAUACAACAUCCAACACGAAGCAUUUUCUGUCGACAUACCUCAUGUUUUGAUGCCAUCUCUUUUUUCAAAUGUCAUAAAGAGCAACAACAAUGGACUUGUCCUUUAUGUUACAUUCAUAUUAGGGGAAUUCGGGAACUCUAUAUCGAUUAUCCAUUAAAACGUGCUCUUACAACAUAUCCUGAGCAUACUCGAUUUAUCCUUACACAAGAUGGUACUUAUCAAACUGAAGAUCAAUAUCAACCACCGAAGAAUCAUCCACCUUUAUCAUCGUAUCGGCCAUCUUCACCUCUGACUUUGAAAGAACAACCCUUAUCACCCACUGCAUUAUCACCACUGAUUUUGUCCGAGGAGCCGGAUAAUGAUGAUUACCAUGAUGAUGAUGAUGAUGGAUUCUCGAAAACAGAUGAACCACUUGAAAAACGACCUCGACUGGAUAAUCAUUCUGAUAUUAUUAUAUUAGAAUAGUAUUUAUUUUGUUACCUUGUUUCUAUGUAUAUGUUUUUGCUUUUUUUUUUCUUAAUUGUAUAAUAAAGUUAUA